CUCUUACACAUGCAGCAUCUGAAUCCCUCACGGACCGUGGCUUACCACAGAUUCGAUUUGAUAGGGAACAUAUUGGGCCAUUCUGAGGCUGCUAAACUAAUUAUAAUUUGUAAAAAGACAGCAGAAUAAUUGUGGUUGGUGAUCUGUUAAUGAUAAUGAUGUCAAGGUCUCUCAUGCCCACACUAUGUUUUGUGAUACAUAUGGCAGGGGUUAUUCCUUUCUUCAUGAGAGAAAUUAAGUUAAGUGACAAAUGAAGAAUCAUUGUUCCAAAACAGAAGCCAGCAGAAUGAUGGAGGUUCCUGAUCCGAUUAUGGUAAUGAAGUCAAGGUCUUUUAUGUCCACAUCUUUUCUUCUGUCUUGCAACCUUCGACGGGGAUUAUUGAUUUGUUCAAAAGAGAAAUGAAGUUGUGUUGCUGCUGUCUCCUUGGCACAGAUCAAGAAGGAGGUAAAAGUGAAAAAUGGAUGAGGCAGAGAUAGAGAGAGGGAGAAGUGAGAGUGGGAGAAAGAGAGAGAAAUAGAGAGAGAAGAGGGAGAGUGAGAGUGAGAUAGAAAGAGAAGGAGAAGUAUAUAGAGAGAGGAGAAGGAAGAAUAAUAUGAGGGUAUAUAACAGUAAAGAGGGAGUUAGGCAAUGCACUGACAAUAUUUAAAGGAAUCAUUGUCCUUCACCUGAGACAGCUGCUGCUGUUGACACAACCAUGCAAUCUCCAUAGACAAACAUUGGCAAUAGAGUCAAUCAAUCAAAACAAUUGUACACCUCGGUGAACUCAUGUCUCAUUAUUGUGUUAAACUGCCUUAGUGGCACCAGUGAAUCCAAAUGUAAUACAUUUUGUAAAUGAGUCCAAAAAUCUAGAGUGUUACAUUCAAAGUUGGUAUGGUACACUCUGAACUGGGGCAGUAGUAUGCAUAUAAGUAAGUAAGCAUUUCACGGUAAGGUCUACACUUGUUGUAUUCAGCGCAUGUGACAAAUAAAGUUUGAUUUGAUAUCAUAUUUUCUUUAUCAACCAGAACACUAUUCGAUUUCCAUUUUCAGUGGGAACAGAAUACUUCUUCUACAAAUCCUUUGCCUACCACUCCUCCCCCUUCCCUCCAUCUCUUUCUCUCCCUUUCUCAAGAACAUGGAUGAGGAUAUUAGUCAAUAGCCAUCAAGUGUCAAAAAAGAGCUUAAGUCAAGUUAGGAACAUUGAACUGAACAAACGUGAGGUUACUUCACAAGCAUGGGUUUCCCUGGUUGGGGGAUGUGCACUUGGACCAGAGCUAGGUUCAAAUAGUAUCUGGAAUCUUUCAAAUACUGUAGCUGUGCUUGACUGAGCUUACCUGACACAAUGGAUCCAAUAGAAUAGUCCCAAAGGUGCAAACCCCGCCCAUCUGGCUUUCCAAGCAGACUCAAUCAAAUGCUCAAAGUAUGUUAAAGAUUUCAAAUCUUACUUGAACCCAGGUCUGAUAUGGUCCCACUCCCAGGGAUUGGGUCAGUAUUGAAGUUUACCUUUGACAGAGACCAGAGUCCAUCAUGUGUGGCAUGGGCGAGCCAGAUAAGACUGGACAGGCGUCCAAUGAGCGCCUUGAGUCUGGGUCGUAAAACGUGCAAUUAAGCCAAGAGAGGACAGGAUACACCAUAGAAAUAGAAUGAACAGAAAGGGCUUGGAACCUCUAAACUCAUGGGUACACUUGCAAUGGCUGCCUGGUAUUGUGAUGCAAUUAUUUCCAAGGUAAUGUAGAGUGUUCAUUUAAAUGAUGCUAACUGAUGUGGCUCGUGCAAUGGAAUGUUUUUUUUAUGUCAGUUGAUUUCACAAAUCACAGCACAGAUUGGUACACUUCCUGAUUUUACUUCCUGCUUUGCUCCUAUGGGCUAGUUUAAAAAAAUACAGGUUAGGACAAUGUAACAAUUCCAUGCUGAGUGUUGGACUGAUUCUAUAGGAUUAGCAUUGAAAACAUGACCAGUGGUCGGGAAAUCAUGUUAUAAAGUGGCUGUAGACAACUUUAAAAAUGUUCAAAUGAAUAAAAUGACAGUAAAACAGUUCAUCUAUUUGUUUGCGGAGUAAUAGUCUGAAAUUCAUCUCCGUUGUGUUUAUUUUCCACUUUGAUGGUGAACUUUCUGUACUGCUACCAUUCUCUCCCAGUCAUUUUCAUUCCGGCGCUGGUGCAAUGAAUUUGUUAAUUUCUAACGCUUUGCAUUUAAUUAUUAAGCUAUCUUAACCUCUGUUAUCUUCAACCUAGCCUGUGUACACUCGCAAUGGCCGCAAUCAUUGACAUGAAUGGGGAGGCCCGUUCUAUUCACUCUAUUUCUAUGGGCUACACACCAUCAUAAACACGGGAGGAGUUUGGCUUGACACAGGCAUGCUCUGGUCUCUACAGCAUUGGGAAGGAGACUUGGAUAAGGCAGGAACGAGAGAAGGUCUUACCUCCCUUGGAAUUGUAGUGUUUUACUGGAAGGUCCUUAGUCGGCAGGGGAAUGCACAGAGAGACAAAGACGGUAGGAGAGAGAGGAGGAGUGGAGAUGUCAAUGUGACACAGUGGAGAAAAGAGAGUGACACAGCAGAAAAUUACUGGGUGAGCUCCAUGAAGAGGAGAAUAUAAGACUUUAAGAGGGCAACAGUAAUUGAACACAGUUAAUUUAAUCAGUGAUUCAUUCAAAUGUGAAAUAUGUGCAUUUGGUAAAAGCGAGCAAAGGAGAGAGACAGAAAGAAGAACAUUAGCCAGAAGAAAGAGAGAGGAAAAAGAGAAACUUUAGCCAAACAAAAAGUCAAGGAACCCUUGGUGAGUGAACAGUCACCCAGAGUCCCUAGAUAGAUCCUUAUCUCAUCAUGGUGAACCUGGACCUGAGGUCUCUCACCCUGCCAGUGGGAAUCAUCCGUAUGUUGGAGGUGGUCCUCACCUGUAUCUCCUUCAGUCUGGUGGCCUCGGCAGGCCAUGUGCUCUCCACACACUGGGACUGGUGCAUGUUCACCUGGUGCUUCUGCUGCUUCUUCUCCCUCUUCAUCCUCAUCAUGGAGUUCACCCGCUUCAGUGCCAAGGUGCCCAUCUCCUGGGAUGACUUCACCACGGCCUUCGCCAUGCUGGCUGCACUAAUGUGUUUCACCUCCUCCAUCAUCUACCCCACCUUCUUCACCUGCCCCACCUGCUACCGCCAGAUCGCCGCCACCGUCAUCUCCCUACUCUGUUUCGGAGUGUACGUUGGCGAGGUGGUGUUGGCCCGCCUCCGACCCGGUGGUGAGAUCAGUGGCUUCCUGUCCACUGUCCCGGGCCUCCUCAAGAUCCUCGAGACUCUGGUGGCCUGUAUUAUCUUCACGUCGCUGGAUCCGGCAAGGUUUUCAUUUAAUCCGGGACUGCAGUGGUGCGUGGCGGUUUAUUCCCUCUGCUUCAUCUUCGCACUCGUCAUCAUCUUUCUCACCGUCGGUCAGCUGCUGUCGCUGUUCCCCUUCUCGUUUGACAAACUGCUCACGGUCUAUAAUAUUCUGGCCACCAUGAUGUACAUGACUGCCACGGUCAUCUGGCCACUGUAUGGUUUCGAGAACAACCCCCGGCCCGUUCCGUGUUCCCACUGUCCCUGGGACGAUCUGGUUGUGGUGACGUUCAUGACCGUGAUCAACCUGGUGAUCUAUAUUUUGGAUACGAUCUACUCGAUAAAGGUGGUCUUCUUCACAUGGGAUGAGGAAUAGGCCAGAUUCUCAGGAAACUUCACUCCAACUUUUCCAGAACCGAUCAAUGACUGACACACUAUCAUAUUGCAUGGAGAAAAAACUGUUUACUGAAUAAGAAACUCCAGCACGUUGGUAAUCUUGAUCCUCCACACAUGGUUGAAAAGAUCCAUUACAUUUCUAGAGAAUGAAGAGUUUAUUUUCAAAUCAAUGACUGAGAGCUUGGAAGAAGAACAUUUGCAGAACAUUUGCUGAUGUCUUUUGCCUCAGACAUAUGGAAGAUAUUUAGUUAUUCCUAUGACACUGUAAAUGAACUCUUAUUGCAGAUGAGGAUUCUACAGGCAAGGACACACUGUUUAUCACUUGCAGUUAUUAAAGUGUGCAGUAGGAAGCUGAGUUAAUGAUUGAUCGUAUCGACUUCAUAGAAAUUACAGUUACGGAACUUUGGAUCCUGAUGCAAAUACAAUAUGAAUGUC